AUGCGGGAGGUUCCCUCAGAGAGCUGGAUUUGGGAGGUCGGCGUGGGUCGGCAGGGGAGAGCGUGGAGGAGACGGCGAGGCGAUGGUGGUUGCUGGAUUUGGGAGGUCUACUGGGAGUGGGUCGCGGUGGAGGAGCGGCGAGGCGAUGGUGGACAGCUGGGAGUGGGUCGCGGUGGAGGAGACGACGAGGCGAUGGUGGACGGCGAACGACACUGGUGGUGA